AUGAACACAGGGGAGUUUCCCAGUCACCGACACCCUUUAAACCUUAAAGAAAUCUCGUCUGAAGAAACAGAAGAGAGUCGAGUGUGUGGCUUAUGUGGAGAAACGGUAAAUGGGUCUCGUUAUGAAUGUUCCCAGUGCAAUUUUGCCGCACAUCGUGGUUGUGCGGAGAAUCCACCAUCAUUGGUUAUCGAGGAGAGCAAGAUCCAUGAGCAUGCACUCACUCUCUUGCCUAGUCAAGUCUCCUUCGAUUGUAAUGCUUGUGGGAUUUCUGGCGAUAAAUCUCCGUAUGUAUGUCUUAAGUGUUCUUUCAUGACACACAAAGACUGCAUAGACUUGCCACGCGUUAUAAAUAUCAACCGUCACGGCCACCGCAUGUUUUAUACUUUCUUUCUAGGCCCCGGGGAGUGGACUUGCGGAGUCUGUCGCAAGAGGAUGGACGGGCGAUAUGGAGCUUAUUCAUGUCCCCGUUGCGAACAUUAUGCUGUCCAUUCGAGAUGCGCAGCAAGAAAAGACGUGUGGGACGGCAUGGAGCUCGAGAGGAAUCCAGAAGAAGAAGACGACGACGAGGAUGGUGAGCAGUUAUUCUCCGUAAUUGACGAGGGGUCAAUUCAUCAUUUCGUUCAUAAACAACAUUAUCUAAGACUAGUCCAAGAUGAAUAUACAGAUGAUGUUUGCUCUGGAUGUGCUCUUCCCAUAGCAACUGGGGACUUUUACAGGUGUCAGGAGUGCCAUUUCUUUCUUCACGUAUCAUGUGCUAAUCUUCCACGGAAGAUAACUACGUUUCUACAUGUACACCCACUUACUCUUUGCCCGGAUGAUGAAAGGUCAGGUGGUCCUAAUGGCUUAUCUCGCUGUGAUUCUUGCCACCUGUAUUUCAAUGGGUUCAGCUAUCGCUGUUUGGAGUGCAAAGAUGAUAACAUUGAAUUCGAUAUUCGAUGUUCUUCAGUUUCUGUACCCUUUGUGUUCUACGGUCAUAUGCAUCCGUUGUUUGUAAACGACCUUCCAACAACUGAGAACGAGAAGGCCAAGAUCUGCAGUGGCUGUGGUCUUGAAGGACCUAUAUAUAUUCUAAGUUGUGUGGAGUGCAGUCUACAUUUGUGCAUGACAUGUGCAACUUUACCCGUUGUGGCCAAGUACAAGUAUGAUGGGCAUUUGCUCAGCAUCCACUCUGGUCUUGAAGAUCCUACCGGUGGAUACUGGUGUGACAUAUGCGAAGAAAAAAUUGAAGAUAAAGGUAAUCACUACAGAUGUCUCGGUUGUGGUCCGGUUCUUCACGCCAGUUGUGCCGUUGGAAGUUUCAGACACAUGAGACCAUGGCUGAGUUUCAUGUCACAUGGACACGAGUACAAAGUGGUUCGCAAUGACUGGACAUCACAACUACGUUGCAGUAACUGUGACAGUGAUUGCCACGAACCCUUGCUCUUGAUGUCUACAACUUCUACUGGUGUUACUAUUUACUUGUGUUCUUCUAGUUGUUUCACAGCUUAUGUUCCGGUCUAA